CAAAAACCUCUUAAAAAUAGUCUCCGAUCUAAGCAGACAUGGACGUGGUCGGAGAAUUUCAAAAAGGAGAAAUCGAUGGGAAACCAUGUCUCAUAUACCAAAACGUUAUAAAGCCACAAAUACACAGCCCAAAUUCCUCCGAUGAAAAACACCUCAUUCAAAACCCAUUACCAAUCCAAAACAUGACUAAAGUUGCCAUUGAUUCCGGCGACAACCUCCCUCCUCCACCUCUAUUUAUAUGCCCUUCAUUACGAUUCAAACUAACAAUAACGAUCGAAGCUAAACUAUUAGAUGAUGGGGGCCCAACGCCUGAUGUUGAUGGCAAGCUAAGGAUUUCCCAUCUCCUUGGUGACAAUAUGAUGUAUGGUCAUGACAUACUCCCUCUCUUUUGGUGUAACAAUAAAGAAGCUGAUCCAAAAAACGAUUGCAGUAUUUGCAAUACCCGAAAGGUCGGCACAUGCUAUUAUUUCUGUGUCGAGUGUGAUCAAAGGUACCACAAAGAAUGUGUUGAGUCUCCACUAGAGAUCAAUUAUCCUUCCCACGUCAAACAUUCUCUCCAACUUUAUAAUGUAAAAACAUUUGAGCAUUGCAUCUUGAGCACAAAGAAAGCAGAAGUUUUGCUUUAUUAUUGUGCUCUUUGCGACAUUUAUAUGCAUGUCCUUUGUGCUCAGGCAAAAAUCCCUUUUCUCAUAGACCAACCAAAAAAGCAUGACCAUACCCUCACCCUUUUUCCUAGACAAGCUUCCUUAACAUGCAAUGUUUGCGGUUUGGUAGAUAAACUUCAUCUCACUUACGUCUGUCGUUCUAUAUGCGAUUUUGUAGCCCAUAUAGACUGUAUCCAUAACCCACAAACUAUAAGAAUCUCUCGUCAUUUCCACGGUGUGUCUUUCACUUCUUCUCUUCCAUCAGGAAAAUGGUGUUGUGGAAUUUGUCGCCGAGAGAUUGACAGUGAUUAUGGGGCAUACAGUUGCAAUGUGUGUAAGGACUACGCUGUUCACACAAGAUGUGCAUUGCGUAAGGAUAUAUGGGAUGGCAUUGAACUCGAAGGAGUACCAGAAGACAAAGAUGUUGAGCUUCCGUUCUACAGGAUAGCUGAUGGAAUCAUACUUCACUUUUCUCAUGGUUGUCAUAUGAAAUUUGAAACCAAUGGAGUUUACAAAGAAAACGAGUUUUGUCAAGCUUGUGUCCUUCCAAUCAACGAGGAAAACUUUUAUGUCUGUGUGAAAUGUGACUUUAUUCUACAUGAAAAAUGUGCGGAUGCCCCCCGGAAGAAGGUUCAUCCAUUACAUCCACAUCCAAUUGAACAAAAGGUUGUCCAUGAAAACCAUGAAUUCGAAUGUGCUGCUUGUAUGCGUAAGAGUAGUGGUUUUGGAUAUGUGUGUACCAUCAAUGGUUGUGACUACGAGCUAGAUGCAGUGUGUGCUUCGGCUUCUGAGCCAUUUAAUUAUCAAGUCCAUCCACACCCUUUAUUUCUGGCUUUAGACCCAAAGAAACGACAGUAUGCCACAUUUGCAAGUCAACAGGAGUUCAAAAGGUAGUAAAUUGCAUUGAAUGUGAUUUUAUCA